GCCAGAGACACCAGUGUGAGGUUCCAUCCAUUAUCCAGAACAUUCCUGGUUUUGCACUGCCACUAAACAACAUUUGGCCAUAGGGAGCAAGAAAAGGGGAAGCAACACUGGGUGGUGGUGUGCCUGGAAGAACAGCGGAGGGAGAGGAAGUUCCACAUGGCAGGAAUGAAAAGCACUUUACAUUAACUGUCACUUUGAGCUGACAGGCUCAGUGCUUCAGUUCUGAGUAACAACAAGCCAUGGUCAACCAAAGCUCCCAAGUGGGAUUCCUCCUUCUGGGCUUCUCUGAAUACCCAGAGCUGGAAAGGAUUCUCUUUGUGGUUGUCUUAACUUCCUACCUCCUCACCCUGGUGGGCAACACACUCAUCAUCCUGCUGUCGGUGCUGGACCCCAGGCUCCACUCUCCAAUGUACUUCUUCCUCUCCAACCUCUCCUUCUUGGACCUCUGCUUCACCACAUGUUGUGUCCCCCAGAUGCUGGUCAACCUCUGGGGCCCCAAGACCAUCAGCUUCCUGGGCUGCUUCAUCCAGCUCUUCAUUUUCAUGUCCCUGGGGACCACUGAAUGCAUCCUCCUGACAGUGAUGGCCUUUGAUCGCUAUGUGGCUGUCUGCCAGCCCCUCCACUAUGCCACCAUCAUCCACCCCCGCCUGUGCCUGCAGCUGGCAGCUGUGGCCUGGGUUUUGGGUCUGACCCAAUCCAUAGUCCAGACACCACCCACUCUCCUCCUGCCCUUCUGUCCCCACCGGCAGAUAGAUGACUUUUUGUGUGAAGUUCCUUCUCUGAUUAGACUAUCCUGUGGAGACACCACCUACAAUGAAAUCCAGUUAGUUGUGUCCAGUUUCUUCAUCCUGGUUGUUCCUCUCAGCCUUGUUCUUGUCUCUUAUGGUGCCAUUGCCCGGGCAGUACUGAGGAUUAACUCUGCCCAAGCAUGGAAAAGAGCUUUAGGGACCUGCUCCUCCCACCUCAUGGUUGUCACUAUCUUCUACAGCUCAGUCAUUGCUGUCUACCUCCAGCCCCAAAAUCCUUAUGCCCAAAAGAGGGGCAAGUUCUUUGGCCUCUUCUAUGCAGUGGGCACUCCUUCACUUAACCCACUCAUAUACACCCUGAGGAACAAGGAGGUAAAGAGGGCAUUCAGGAGGUUACUGGGGAAAGAUGGGGAAUCCAGGGAGAACUGAGGGAAAACUGUUUGAUAUAUUCCUAAUCAAGAAGAGUUUAUUCAUGAUUUGUAAAAAUGUUGAGCUCCCCAGGCUACACAACUGAGCCUCUAUAGUGUGUCAGCAUGAUUAUGUGGUAUCUAAGAGAGAGAGACAUCCCGUUAAGAUAUCCACUCAUUUAUUGAAGGACAUCUAGGUUGGUUUCACAGUUUAGUUAUUGUGGAAUGUGCUGUU